CAGAUCCCCCUCCCUACAGGUAAACGUAGUCAUCCAGCGGGUCGUAUUUCCGGUUCCCUGUUUGUUGCCAUGGAGAUGAGGCAUCACACAAAGUAGUGCGUGGUUACAAACUGCGCCAAAGCCGUUUAUAACCACAAAGAUACGUUUCUGGAUUUGCUCCUAAAUGCAGCUUCAGUCGGUCCCCGUCGGUUCCGGCUCUUUUGGGCCGCCGUCCUGGCGCGAGAGAACGGUGCAGUCCAUCCGGCGGGCGGAGCACCUGGUCCGGCAGACUGGAGCGGGGCUGUCGGCGGCUUGCAGGCGGCCUCUGAGCGCCGGUUUCCCCCAGAGAUUAAUGCAAGAAGCGUCCACUGAUAAGAUCCGGGCGGUGAAAUGCGCAGAGAGUCGUGACUCGAUCUGCAGCAAGAAGCAGACCAGAGCCCGAACUGCAGCCGUGACGAAGGGAUCUCCUGCCAUGUUCCCUCCUCCUGGCUUGCGUGAGCGGUGCACAGCAGCCAGCUCUGCCAUGGCCAGCCGGUACAUGCGGGAGGUGCGGGAGGUGGAGGCUCAGCUGCAGCGCCAGGCUGGCAGGGUGACAGAGGAGGUCACCAAGCUGCAAGGGGAGCGGGGCCACCUGGAGAGGGCACUGCGGGGCCUCAGGACCGACCUGGCCGUUAACAGGAGAAGCCGGGAGGCCAGGAGCAAACGGCCGGCCCCCGUCAAUACGCAGGAGAAAGACGGUGCUGACAGCUUGUUGUUGUGGGAGAGGAAAGAACUGACUGAGCUGAAACUGGAUCUGGAGGAAGUGCUGGGAAACACAAGGACCCAGCUGCAGGCUCUGGGUGAGAGCAGCAGGCGGCUGCUGGCCUGCGCCUCUGAGCGGGCACAAGUGUUGGAGCUGCUGCCCCGCAGCGGCUCUGCAGGACUCCACGGCGCCACCGAUCACAUGCAAACCCUCCCCAACAGCUCCUUCACGCCAAAGUGUAAACAGGUUCUGGAGUCUUCUUCGCUGGCAGUCCAGCAAUCGCAGCUUCUGAGGCAGAGAAUCAGGCAGACGCUGAGCAGCGCCACCAGCAGGCAGAACGCGGCUCACCUUUCCGUCAACGAUAGCCUUCUGCAGAAGGUCGCAGAGGCUGACGGAGUCCAGCAGAGCCUGGCGCUGACCCGUGCAGCCACCAGGCAGGCUGUGUCACGCAAGCAGAGGGAGAUAAAAUCCAUCAUUUACAGCCGAGGAAGAGUGCAGGGUCCAGAGUACAACAGUGACACACUGACCCGGGAGAAGCUCAACAGGCCUCUGGUGCAGGUUUAUCAGCGACACGCAGCAAUGCGACUCCCUGAAGCCGCUCACAUUGCUCAAGGCAGCGCUGCGCUGACUCGAUGUUUGACAUCCUGUGAGGGGGAGCUGGCGGCGCUGCAGGGCGCGUGCCUGCAGCUGCUGGGUGACCUGCACAGCCAGAGAGCAGCAGCUCAGGUGGACCAGACCAUCCUCCAUAUGAGGCGUCAGCAGGCCGACAGGCGAGACAUGUCCAGUUUCUCCAGCAGGGGGCGUGCUGAAUCCAAAGCACUCACCAUUGGUGGAGCUACACGAGAAUAAGAUGCUUUCACUUUUACCUCUUUUAAGAACUAAUGUGUUUCCAUCUUGGUUGUAGAGUUUACUUUCUAUUAUUAAAUUUAAGACCAGUAUUUUUGGCCCA